AUGUUUUUAUGGCUUCAAAGUUCUCGAAAAGCAGCCUUACUGAAUCAUAAAAUAAAAGUUACUGCUGGAAGAAACAUUCUGCCAGGGAGAAGGACGGUAAUGACCAUAAGACGGCUAUCAAAAUCAUCAUCAUCAGUUCAAAGAACCCUAAAGACGUCUCGAAAAGAAAUUCACACUCCUAGGAAUGAUUAUGAUGAGCUAAAUGAUCUAUUAUCUGAUUCCGAUGGCUGGGAAGAUGACAUUCACGUUGAAAGAGUAACACCAGUGAUUAAAAAUGGUGUACAAAGUUCUUCGGCAAAAGUACGUAAUGAAUUCUCAGAUGCAGAUGAUUCAAUGAUUUGCGAACUUUUACAAAGCAAGAAGAUUGGAAAAAGUCUUGCUGGUGCUUCAUCGGAACCCUUUCGUCACUACCCACCUCGCAAUUCAUUCUCUAGCCACACGUCUGAUGGGCUGCGGCGACCUAUCGUGGAAAGCACGCAGCAAGGCGACUUGUAUGCAACGGAAGAUAGUAGAUUGCUGCUUUCCCUACUGAGAGGAGAAGAUUCCUCGAGGAUUAGCGAGAACCACAACGCAAUUUCCAAAGGAAAUACCACGAAGAGUGAGCUUGAACAGGCAGGAGUAAGUUUGACACUGGGCACUAAAGACUUGGAAGAAAACUUUCUUCUGGGUGAACUAGACGAGAGGGAAGUAGCCCAAAAUAUUCCAGAAUCUGGAACGGUACUUCUCAAUGAUAUAAGAAACGAAGAUCAGGUUAAAAUUGCAUUAGAAGAAGUCCAAGAUGUUAAACCAUCAAAUGUCAGCAGGAGCAUUGAUAUUGUCAGCGAGCCAGAAGGGGAUAGAAGCUUUGAAAUCGUUGAAGAACCGGAAAGAGUGCAAUAUGCAGAGAAAUUUGCAUUAUUAACUCAGAGACCAGGCUUACAAAGUACUCAAGAACUAGAAAAGAGAUUAAAGCUGAAUCCUAAAGUUAAGAUCAUUGUUCCCGUUAGGCUUAGUAAAGAACAGGAAGACGUUCUUCGCUUGGCCGAAGCUGGCCAUAACAUAUUUUACACAGGAAGUGCAGGAUCUGGUAAGUCAGUGUUACUACGUGAAUUAAUAAAAAUAUUGAAGAAGAAGUACGGAGACGACCAGGUCGCCGUCACGGCAUCUACAGGACUAGCAGCUUGUAACAUUGGAGGUGUGACAGUGCAUUCUUUUGCAGGAGUGGGCUUAGGGAACGGAGAAGUUACUAAGCUUUAUAGAAAAGUCAGGAGAUCAAGAAAGCAUAUGAAACGCUGGGAAUCUGUGAGUGCACUUGUCAUUGAUGAAAUAUCCAUGGUAGACGGAGAAUUACUUGAUAAAAUGGAUUUCAUAGCGCAAAAGAUCCGCAAGAAUCGAAAGCCAUUUGGCGACAUACAGCUUAUAUUUUGCGGGGAUUUCUUUCAGCUGCCGCCAGUUUCUAAAGAUAACAACAAUCCAACUAAAUUCGCAUUCGAGUCAUCUCUCUGGAAAGAAGGCAUAGACAUGACUAUUCUUUUGACCAAAGUUUUCAGACAACAAGGUGAUACCAAAUUCAUCGAGAUGCUGAAUAAAAUGAGAUUAGGACAAAUUGACGCAGAAACAGAAAGAGAGUUCAAAAAACUGAACAGACCAUUACCGCAGGAUGAAAUUAUUCCUGCUGAACUCUACAGUACGAGGUCUGAGGUUGAAAGAGCAAACUAUUCACGAUUAAGCAGGUUACCAGGCAAGGCACAUAUAUUUCACGCGAUUGAUGGUGGUGCACUAGAAGAUAGAGAACUUAGAGAAAAGCUUCUGCAAAACUUUUUAGCGCCUAAAGAGCUACAAUUAAAAAUUGGCGCCCAAGUAAUGAUGAUAAAGAAUAUCGACGCGACCUUGGUUAAUGGGUCUUUGGGUAAAGUAAUUGAUUUUAUCGAUCCGGAAACUUAUAUGUUUUACGAGACUAUAAUAAGAAAUCCAGAUCUUCCAGCAGAAUCAUUAACGAAGCUAAAAGAUAACCCCGAGCUCUUGAAAGAGACUUGGGCAGCAUAUUGUGAAGACGAGGACAAUGAUACCCCAGUGCGCCAAAAAACCAUAAAGGAUGCCUUUUGUAAGAAUGAUCCAGAAGAGUCCGUAGCUCAGCUUGGGGAAUCAAUAUUUGACUUUUUGAAGGAUCAAAGUACUGACGAUAGUGAAACUAGGGAAAAUUUAGAACGUAAGAGAGAGUUGUUGAGGCAAGUCCAUGAGAGUUCAAAGGCAAAGAGAAAAUUACCUUUAGUUCGAUUUAAAACGUCCGAUUUAUCUACAAGAACCAUUCUGGUAGAACCAGAGAGUUGGGCUAUCGAGGAUGACAAUGAAAAGUCAUUGGUAUCCAGAGUUCAAUUACCGUUAAUGUUAGCGUGGUCGUUAUCGAUUCAUAAGUCUCAAGGUCAAACACUUCCAAAGGUUAAAGUGGAUUUGAGAAGAGUUUUUGAGAAAGGACAAGCAUAUGUCGCAUUAUCGAGAGCGGUAUCCAGAGAGGGUCUUCAAGUGCUCAAUUUCGAUAAGUCAAGGAUAAAAGCACACCAAAAAGUUGUCGAUUUCUAUUCAACGUUGGUGACAGCCGAACACGCUAUUAAACAAUUGGACCCUAAAGUGACAACAAGUGAAAAUAACAAAAGGCGUAAAACUGAGCCAGAACCCAACGUGGUGUUGAACCAGAGGCGCACAAGACAAGCCCGAUCGAGGUCCAAGAGUCAAAAUGCUCAGAGUGGCAUAGCUGCAAUGUUACUGCAAAGGGCUAAUGGUAACCAGACGAAUGUGAGGCGGAAUAGGUCAUUAGCUGAAAACCUUGCAACAAUUGAUUCUACUGAAGAGUCGGACAGACAUGCUCUUUGA